AUGCCCCCAAAUCUUGGAUGGCUAAAAGCUCUUAGAGGAAUGUUCCUUGCUUUUAACCAGUUGCAAGAUGACUUCAGUUUCAUUACCUCAUUGACUAAUUGUUCGAGGCUAGACCAUAUUUGGGUGGACUCCAAUUUUCUUGAAGGUCGGUUGCCGGAUUCCAUCGGCAAUCUUUCCAAGAGCAUUCAAGUAAUUUCUAUGUCAUCCAACCCAAUUUAUGGAGCCAUUCCUUUAGGUAUUGGCAAUCUCUUCAACUUGUCUGUUCUUGGCUUAGCAAACAAUUUUCUCGAUGGCCAUGUUCCUUCUUCUAUUGGAGCACUCCAUAACAUGCACGAAUUGUUCUUAAGCACUAACAUGCUAACGGGAGAGAUCCCAUCAUCGAUCGGCAAUUUGACAUCAUUGAAUUGCCUUAACUUGUCAGUCAAUGACUUCUAUGGGGAAAUACCACAUAGUCUUGGUAACUGCAGGCAGCUAAUCCAGCUUGAGCUUUCGAACAAUAAUCUGAGUGGUUCAAUCCCAGGGGAGGUUCUUAGCCUUUCUACCAUUGCGAUUAUCUUCAGCUUGUCACAUAACCAGUUGAGCGGAUCUCUUCCAUCUCAAGUUGGGUCCUUGGCCAAUCUUGUCGAACUAGAUUUGUCUUACAAUAAGCUGACAGGACCAAUUUCUAGCUAUAUCAGCAAGUGCUUGCAAUUGGAGAGGCUCAACUUAGCAGUCAAUUCCUUUCAUGGCGAAAUUCCUCUGGCUUUAGGCACACUACGGGGCUUACAAGAGUUGGAUGUUUCCCAUAACGACUUAUCUGGUAAAAUCCCGAGCUUUCUUGCUAAACUUACAGAUCUAAACUACUUGAAUCUAUCUUUAAAUAAGUUUGAAGGAGAAGUUCCGAAGCAAGGAGUAUUUCUCAAUGCUAGUGCAAUGUUCGUCUUUGAAAAUAGGAAUCUAUGUGGAGGUAUUGCAGAACUAAAUCUUCCCUCUUGCAAAUCAAAUACCUCUAAAUCAUUUUGGACCAAAAAAGUUACAGUAAUCAUUGUAGUGGUAGCCAUCUUGUCUGGCUUCAUUUUGUGGCUUUGCCUAUUUAUCAUUUGGUAUCAAAGAAAGAAGUCGAAAAAGAUUACAUCUUCAACUGAAUUGCCAUUCGAACACCAAUUAUCGAGGGUCUCUUAUGGGGAGCUUUUUAGAGCCACAAAUGGAUUCUCUAAGAACAAUGUGAUCGGAAAAGGGAGAUAUGGAACUGUCUAUAAAGGAACUACACAGGGAGGUGGAUGUGUGGCGGUUAAGGUGCUUAACUUGGACCACAUAGGUGCUUCGAAGAGUUUCAUCUCAGAAUGUCGAACCUUAGGGGCAAUAAGACACCGAAAUCUCGUGAAGAUAUUGAACGUGUGCUCAAGCAUGGAUUAUCAUGGCAACGAUUUCAAAGCUUUAUUAUACGAAUACAUGGCUAAUGGGAGCUUAGAGAAUUGGAUACACCAAGGAAAAGAAGAAGAUGUCGAGCAUGAACAUAAAUAUGGAAAACCAGGACAUUUGGGACUAAUGCAAAGGUUAGAUAUUGCCAUUGACAUAGCUUCUGCGAUUGAAUAUCUUCACAAGGAUUGCAACCCCAGGUUGUACAUGGAGAUUUGA